AUGACCGCCCCAGCUGUUCGUCAGCACAUCCGGCAAGCCUACCGUGACCUGUACCGCACCGGCCUAGAAGCGGUCCAAUUCUCUACACCCGCUCGUUACGAACUUCGCGACAUCCUGCGCCAGACAUUUCGCACUUCACCUCCCUCAAACUUCAACCCUCGACGCAUCCAGAACACCAUUAAAUUUCUGGAGAAUGCCCGCAAAUACGAUGGCUUCGAGCACAAGAUCGUGAAGAAUCUACUACACUUGCAGUACUGGAAGGGUCGACCCUUGGAUAGGAGGUUGAAGCACAGCAUCCGGGAUUUAAAUACCACCGCGGCCAUCGAGUCUAGAAAGCAGAUAUGGCAUCAAUACAGGGCGACGCUGAUCAUGUUGAAUGAGAGUCUCGAUAUCUGUCUGACGAUAUGA